UCUCGUCAAGGGCUUCAUAGAACAGCCGGGAUAGAGGAAGAACAAGUCGAGCACUGGUGUUUCCGCGAGCCUCCCGCAUUGCGGGGUGUAUUUUGCCACCAACGCGUACCUGCGACAAAAUUCAGUCUGUGUUGUGUCCAGAUGUUACGCCGAGGUGCAUGUAGGCUCCAUGGUAAAAGAAAAACGCAAUGAAAGGGUGCCGAGUAGCAUGGCGGUGUGUGUGUUCAAUAAGAGGUGAGGAUGCAAGCACCAUAUGCGAUGGCAGCACACGGCAUUGUGGUCAGUGUGUUGCAUAUUGUCCAGCGUGGAUGUGAGUGGCACCCUUCUGGACUACAAGCCAUCCGGAUCAGCAAUGGCGCAGCACAUCCUGGCAGUGGCGGGCUCUGGGCUGGCAGCCGGGAAACAUACUUGGCCCAUGGACCCGGUGACGGGAUUAGUAAUCUGUCUGGCGCGGGUCAUGGUGCCGAGCCUGGCACAUGCUGCGCCCAAGCCCGCUGUGGCGAUUUCACCUUGCACUUUACCCGGUUUUUGACGCCGAGUCCAAAACGGGGUGGCAUAAAGAUGCCUUUUUGUGGCUAUCCGAUGCGGAGACCCGAGCCAUUUUUACAGGCCAGUUCCCGUUGCAGCCAGUUUUUUGCUCUCUGCUUGCUCUCAUCCUUCCUUUGCAAAAACAAUUUUAAACAUUCCCCUUCUGCAUCCUGCGUUCUGCCUUGGCUCCAGUCCAAUUUCCACACCUCAUUAAUUAUUAUUCACUGCUCUUCAUAAAGCAAACCCCUCGUGACAGAAAGAAACGAAUGCCGCGUCCCAAACCAAACCUGAACCUGAGCCAAAUGGGCUUCUCAAUAGGCCCUCCCUCAAA